UGUACGUAUGACGGAACCCGUGGCGGUGGGAGUCAUGGCUGCUCGGCGAGCUCUGCAUUUCGUAUUCAAAGUGGGAAACCGCUUCCAGACAGCACGUUUCUACCGCGAUGUCCUUGGGAUGAAGAUUCUGCGGCAUGAGGAAUUUGAAGAAGGCUGCAAAGCUGCCUGUAAUGGGCCUUAUGAUGGGAAAUGGAGUAAAACAAUGGUGGGAUUUGGACCUGAGGAUGAUCACUUCGUUGCAGAACUAACUUACAAUUAUGGCAUCGGAGACUACAAACUUGGCAAUGACUUCAUGGGCAUCACACUUGCCUCUAGCCAGGCUGUCAGCAAUGCCAGGAACGUGGAGUGGCCACUCAGAAAAGUUGCCGAAGGUGUUUUUGAAACCGAGGCCCCAGGAGGAUAUAAGUUCUAUUUGCAGAAUUGCAAUCUACCUCAGUCAGAUUGUGUUUUAAAAGUUACUCUAGCAGUGUCUGAUCUGCAGAAGUCCUUGAACUACUGGUCUAAUCUACUGGGAAUGAAAAUCUAUGAAAAAGAUGAACAGAAGCAAAGGGCUUUACUGGGCUAUGCUGACAACCAAUGUAAGCUGGAGCUAAAGGUUAUCAAGGGUACAGUUGAUCAUGCCGCAGCUUUUGGAAGAAUUGCCUUUUCAUGCCCCAAGAAAGAGCUGCCAGACAUAGAAGACUUGAUGAAAAGAGAGAACCAGAAAAUUCUGACUCCUCUGGUGAGUCUAGAUACCCCAGGGAAGGCAACAGUACAAGUGGUCAUUCUGGCCGACCCUGAUGGGCAUGAAAUUUGCUUUGUGGGGGAUGAAGCAUUUCGAGAACUUUCCAAGAUGGAUCCAGAAGGAAACAAACGAUUGGAUGAGGCAAUGGCAGCAGAUAAAAGUGAUGAGUGGUUUGCCAAACAAAAUAAACCCAAGGCUUCAGGUUAA